AUUACUCAUAACGACAUAAGUUUAGUGUAUGUUUGACGUGCUUGACUCCAGUAUUGUUUAGUGUAAAGUGUGCAUAGUUCCCGAGUUAUAGUGUGUACCUUCUAACAGGAAUUUGGAUUUGAGGCGCGAGUGCAAGAUGCGGGCGCGUGGAGAGCGGAAGGAGGCGGGCUCAUGGGUGAAGUUUAGGCUGUUGAUGUGGAAGAACUUCGUGCAGCAGUUGAGGCACCCAGUGCAGACGGCGGCUGAGCUGCUGCUACCAGUCCUAACCAUGAGCCUGGUCCUGGUGCUACGGUCACAGAUCGACCCCGAAGUCUUGGAAACCAGAACCUACCCGCCAAUACCAGCCCACACUUUAAACUAUUCCGUGACUGUUUUGGGCGGAAUGAAUUUAACAAGAAUGUCCAUGGCAUUCUCACCCGAGAAUGCCGUAUUGAGGGACGUCGUAUCCAGUGCUACAACAAAGUUACUGCUUAAAAACAUGAGAGACCAAGUACUGCCCAUCAUUGAGGCAUUGCCAAUAGAAAUACCGCCGGGACUGGUAAACUCGUCACAGGUGUACGAAAUAGUUAAAUUAUUUGUCGACGAGAACGUUGUUACCGGAUACAAUAGCAGUGCGGCAAUGAGAGGAAUAUACGCAGAGGAAGAAGCCACGAGAAGGGUGAUAGCUGGCAUAGAAUUCGAUGACUCAUUGCGUGAAAUAACGGAGCUACCACUAGACUUGUCGUAUGCGCUUCGUUUUCCGGAGAGACCUCGCUUGAAUUCCUUCUUCAUGACAGGCGGUCGGACUUGGCGCACAGAUAACGUGUUUCCUAUGUUCGAAGUUCCCGGACCUCGCUUUCCGUAUUCAUGGGAAGGUGGAAAUGAUCCAGGAUACGUAAACGAGAUGUUCAUAGCCUUGCAGCACAUGAUAUCUUCAGAACUGGUAUCUAAAGUGGCGGGAGUGAACCUAGACUUCGAUGUGCACAUACAGAGGUACCCACAUCCAGCAUACAUCAUGGACUUGGCGAAGGAAGCCCUGCAGUUCCUCUUCCCAUCAUUCAUCAUGAUCAGCUUCAGUUACACCGCUAUCAAUAUUAUACGAUCCGUGACCGUGGAAAAAGAAAUGCAAUUGAAGGAAACGAUGAAGAUCAUGGGACUCCCAACGUGGCUGCAUUGGAUGGCAUGGUUUUUUAAACAAUUUAUUUAUUUGCUGAUUGCUUCGGUUUUGAUACUUGUUAUAUUAAAGGUAAAUUGGUUUACUACAGAAGAAGGCUUUAGCGACUAUGCCGUAUUCACUAAUACACCUUGGACCGUCCUCUUCUUCUUCCUAACACUGUAUCUUACGUGUACCAUAUUUUUCUGUUUCAUGAUAAGUGGUUUCUUUUCAAAAGCCAGUACAGCGGCGUUGUUUGGUGGGGUGAUCUGGUUUCUGACGUAUAUCCCCGCAUUCCUCCUGGCUAUGGACGUGAACAUGUCUACCUCUCUACAAGCGGUCACCUGCCUAAUGCUCAACUCCGCCAUGUCUUACGGCUUCCAGCUGUUACUGGCCCGGGAAAGUACCGGAGGAAUGCAGUGGGGUGAUUUUAUGACGUCACCAGCAACGGACUCGUCACGAUUCGUAUUCGGUCACGUCGUUAUAAUGAUGGCUUUGAACUGUGUGCUCUACAUGUUGAUUGCCCUAUAUCUAGAGCAAGUACUACCCGGGCCGUAUGGCACACCGAAGCCCUGGUAUUUCUUCGUCCAAAGACAGUUCUGGUGUAGCAGCAAAACUACUCAUGAUAUCGGUACAGACAACAGCGACACAUCAAGUUUAACAAAAGAAAGCGACCCUACAGACCUUCCGAUUGGAGUUAAAAUACAAAACCUUAAAAAGGUUUACGGGAGCAACGUUGCGGUAAACAAUUUAUCCCUCAACAUUUACGACGACCAAAUCACGGUUCUACUUGGACACAACGGAGCGGGAAAAUCCACAACCAUUUCAAUGCUCACAGGUAACGUGGACAUAACCAGCGGGUCGGUGACGGUGGCUGGCUACGACAUAGAAAAACAAACAAGUUCAGCACGCUCACACAUUGGACUCUGCCCUCAACAUAACGUACUCUUCAACGAACUCACAGUCAAAGAACAUUUACAGUUCUUCUCUCGUCUGAAAGGCUUCAGCGGUAAAGAGUUGGAUGAAGAAAUUGAGACGCUUAUUGAAAAAUUGGAAUUGCAAGAAAAGAGGGAUUACCAAUCAGCGGGGUUAUCAGGGGGACAGAAGCGACGAUUAGGAGUGGGCGUCGCGCUAUGCGGGGCGGCUAAAGUGGUUCUACUGGACGAGCCCACUUCUGGCAUGGACCCGGCCUCACGUCGUGCCCUAUGGGACUUGUUGCAGAGAGAGAAGAAAGGUCGAUCGAUGAUCCUGACGACACACUUCAUGGACGAAGCGGACAUAUUAGGGGAUAGAGUUGCCAUUAUGGCGGACGGUCGUCUCCAGUGCGUGGGCUCACCUUACUUCCUCAAGAGACACUAUGGAGUCGGCUACACGCUAGUUGUGGUCAAGAAGGAAGAUUUCCGACUGGACACCUGCACAGAGCUGAUCAAUAGAUACAUCCCUGGAACUGUUGUGAAGGAAGACCGAGGCACUGAAGUGACAUAUAGCAUGACUAAUGAGUAUUCGCACGUGUUUGAAUCUAUGCUGCGCGAUUUGGAGGCAAAGGCCGAUGAGAUAAACUUUAAAAACUACGGCCUACUGGCUACUACAUUAGAAGAUGUGUUCAUGUCCGUGGGCACAGAUGUGGUCGCAACUUCAGAUGUGGACGACAAUACAACCGUUUCAUCUAGUGCUGAUACUCUAGCAUUUGAAUAUGAUUCUUUAGAAAAAUUGGACGGGACUGGCUAUGGGGAUGAAAAAGGGAUCCGAUUAAUUUGCCAACACGUGGUAGCAAUAUGGAUGAAACUGUUUCUGGUGCUGACAAGGUCUUGGCUUAUCCUGUUGCUCCAAGUAUUGGUGUCCUUGGUACAAAUCAUUGCCACACUCGGAGUCAUGCAGUAUGUCAUCUCUAUGACCGAGCAUAUACAAAGAAGAGAACUUUCAUUGGCUGAAGGUUUCGCAGGCACAGAAACAUUAGUUAGUUUCAAAGGGUUGUCCCCUACAUCGACAGGUUCGCUAGCGAAGGCUGCCUACGAGUCGAUAUUUGUAACCGCCAAUAAUCCCACAAUGGAAAUCACUGUUGUUGAUAAUACACCUAUAGAUGAAUAUUAUUUGGAAAGAACAGAUGACGUAUCAGCGAUGGCGGUGCUCCGGCACAGUCUGUUGAUCGGCGCGACGUUCGACGACCACUCCGCGACCGCGUGGUUCAGCAACUUCGGUUACCACGACGUGGCCAUGUCACUGGCUGCUGUGCACGCCGCCUUGCUCAGAGCUGUCAAUCCUGCAGCCAACUUGACUGUUUACAACCACCCACUUGAGGCCAAUUAUGUCAACCAGAACGACAUGCAAACAAUGGUAGCGUUCCUCUCGAUGCAACUUGCGUCGGGCAUCGGCAGCAGUCUGUCAAUUGUCAGUGCUGUGUUCAUCAUGUUCUAUAUCAAGGAGCGAGUAUCUCGCGCCAAGCUGCUGCAGAAGGCGGCAGGCAUCCAGCCGUUAGUGAUGUGGCUCAGCGCCGCCGUGUUCGACUGGAUCUGGUUCUGCGUCAUCGCCGUCGGCAUCGUUAUCGCCUGCGCCGCUUUUAACGUCAUUGGGCUCUCUUCUGUCGAUGAACUGGGUCGGAUGUACUUGUGCAUCAUAGUGUAUGGCGCCGCCAGUCUACCGAUAGGCUACGUGUUCUCCUAUUUCUUCAAAGGCCCUGCCGUCGGUUUUGUCACCAUGUUCUUUAUCAACAUUCUCUUUGGUAUGAUGGGGGCGCAGAUUGUGGAGGCCUUGUUGUCACCGCAGCUUGAUACUGAAAAUGUCGCUAAUAUACUUGACUCCAUCUUGCAAUUCUUCCCACUCUAUAGUCUUGUCACAUCUGCCAGACUGUUGAAUCAGGUGGGACUGCUGGAGUGGUCGUGCCUGCAGAACUGCGAGUACCUGUCCGCAGUGAUGCCCAACUUGACCGAAUGCUCCAUGGACGUUAUGUGCCAGACGUUCUCACAAUGUUGCAUCCCAGACGAUCCUUGGUUCAUGUGGGAUCACCCUGGAGUACUCCGCUACAUAGUAUGCAUGAUCGUCAGUGGAGUUGUCAUGUGGUUCGUACUCUUGAUCGCCGAGUAUCGAUUGUUCCAGAAGGUGAUCUACCGGGAAAAGAAAGCUCCUCCAGUUGAUGAGAGCGCACUGGACAAUGACGUGGCGGACGAGGCCAGACACGUGGCGCGAGUUGGAGCAGGAGCAAUCCUCGGGCAGCACAGCCUAGUAGCAAAUGGCCUCACCAAGUAUUAUGGGAAACACCUUGCAGUCAAUCAAGUGUCAUUCACCGUGGGCGACACGGAAUGCUUUGGUCUUCUGGGUGUGAACGGCGCCGGUAAGACGACCACCUUCAAGAUGUUGAUGGGAGAUGAGACCGUCUCCAGCGGAGAUGCCUUCGUGAGUGGCCAUUCUGUCAAGACUAAUAUCACUCAAGUUUACAAAAAUAUUGGUUACUGUCCGCAAUUCGAAGCGACAUUCGGCGAGCUGACGGGACGCGAGACACUACGGCUGUUCUCGGCGCUGCGAGGGUUGCCAGUGCGAGGCGCCACGCUCCACGCGGAGGCCUUAGCACAUGCUCUUGGUUUCUAUAAGCAUCUUGAUAAAAGGGUGGACCACUACUCUGGUGGCAACAAGCGCAAGUUGAGCACGGCUGUGGCGUUGCUGGGGCGCACGCGGCUUAUAUUCGUCGACGAACCCACUACUGGAGUCGAUCCUGCUGCUAAGAGACAGAUGUGGAACGCGGUUCGAGAAGCUCGCCGGUCGGGUCGUGGUGUGGUGCUGACAUCACACAGCAUGGAGGAGUGUGAGGCUCUGUGCUCGCGGCUCACAAUCAUGGUCAACGGACAGUUCCAGUGCCUCGGCACGCCGCAACAUUUAAAGAAUAAGUUCUCUGAAGGUUUCACAUUGACAAUUAAAAUUAAAGUGGACGACGAGACGAAGACUGUACGGCCUGAAGUCUGCGAUGCUGUGAAGCAUUACGUCAGUACCAACUUCAGAGAGCCGAAGAUUAUGGAGGAGUACCAGGGUCUGUUAACAUACUAUUUGCCAGACAAGUCGGUGGCGUGGUCCAGAAUGUUCGGCAUAAUGGAGGCGGCCAAACGCGACCUCCCCGUCGAAGACUACAGCAUAUCACAAACUACCCUCGAGCAGAUAUUCCUACAGUUCACAAAGUAUCAACAUGAAGCACAACAGACAUAAUAUUUGUGAUCUCCCGCAAAAUAGGUGAAAAAGUAAUGGACAUUCAAUCAAUGGCGGUGGAAUUAUUUAACACGAACGAAUGCCAUCAGACUGUAGAAAAAUAAUGACAAAAUAUUUAUAUUUUUGUAAGUAUGUGUAAAUGUGUACCUACUUUUUAAGAUUAAUGCCUAGGUCAUACAUGCCGAGUAAGCUGGUGCGACAGUGCACUCGGUCGAUUCUCUUUAUCCGGUAUGUGUGGAUAAGGCAUAAGGAUGGUUUUUCACUGAAGCGGAGACGACCGGAGACAUGUGGAAUGACCGGUUGUUUCCUGCACAUUUCCGCCUCGUCUCCGCUCAGCUUCAGAGAAACCAACCCCUAGGAAAAUACGAUAUCGAUUGAUCACCAUAAUCUGUUCAACUAUAGAGUUCUGCGAUUGACUCUCUUCUCCGUCGUCGUCGUGACGGUUUCAAGAUGAUGAAGGUGAAUGUAAAAUUUAUACAGACGGAUAACAGAUUUGAAGUGUAGAAUCUCCCAAUUGAAAGCUGAUAAUAACCUACUCUAUACACAAAAAUGACGUAAUGAAAGUGUAAUUACUUCAUCCCACUACAUUCGCCUCACCUAUUCAUUCUAAAAUGCUAGAUUGAUUUAGGUAUGCGCUUUCUAGCACGGCUUGCAAAACUCUUAAAUGUAAUGUAGUGUCUACUAUGUACUAUGGUGUGAUUUUCAAAAUCAAUCGAUAUCUUUGAGGCUGUGGACUUUGUAUAUAGCCAUUUUUUAUACUUAAAAAUAAUGAGUGAUGUUGACAAAUUGUAUAUGUUACCAAAGUGUAUUUAUUAUCAUAUAUUAAUAUGCAAUCUGCAAUUAAAAUAUUGUUGCGUUUAUCAUGAACUGUAAAUAAAAUAAA